AUGUUUGACGUUAUUACUUACAUUGAACAUUUACCAAAUGAAUUAUGGUUUGAAUAUUUUGAAUACCUUGAUGGUUAUGAUAUUCUCAUGUCAUUUCGUAAUUUAAAUCGACGAAUUAAUGAUAUUAUCAAUAAUACUCAACUUCAUAUCAAUUUAUCAAUUUUAUCCAAAUCAAUGUUUGAUCGUCUUUUAAAUCGAUUUAUUCCAUAUAUAUCAAAAACACAAAUUAUUUUAUUAAAACUUUCUAAUAAAAAUAAUUGUGAACAAAUUUCUUUAUUUAAUUCUAUAAUUAAUAUUAAAAAAUUUAUUAAUUUACAAACAUUAAUUCUUCAUGAUAUUAAAUUUUAUGAAUUAGAUGAAUGGCUAUAUUCAUUAUUAGAAUUAAAAUCUCUUAAAAGUUUAACAAUUGUAGUAAAAACGAGAAAAUGUUUUAAUCAAAAAGAUAAAAAUAUAGGUGAAAAAUUAAAUCAUAUUUUAUUCAAUAAUUAUUUUACAGAAUUAAAAUAUCUUCAAUUAGAUGGUUUCGAGAUUGAUCAUGAAAAUGUUCUGCAUGAUGUUAUGAAUGAAUGUAAUCUAGAAUAUUUGAUAUUAGACAAAUGUCAAUUCAAUUAUUUACUCUUAAUAUUGAAUCAUUUACCUAAAAUUAAAUAUUUAAAAAUAAAAUCAUUAACCGGUCGUUUAUUUCGGUCACCACAUGUAACGAAAAAUUUUGUUUCUUGUCUAAUUCAUUUACAAUUAGAUGAUUGUACAAGUAUAUGGUUUUCACAGUUAGAAUAUUUAUUUAAAUAUAUACCAUAUUUAAAAUAUUUAACAUUUACAUCGUUCAAUUCACAUUUUAUUAAUGGUGCAGAAUGGGAACGAUUAUUACGUCAAUAUUUUCCAAAUUUGAAAAAUUUUUCAUUACAUAUUCAAGCAACAGAUAAUAAACCAUUUGAUAUAGAGAAAUUAUCUUGUCCAUUCAAAAGUUCAUAUUUUAUAGAUGAAAAACAAUGGUAUUUUACAUUUGGCACUGGUCAAUAUAUCAUAUUCCAUUUGUUAUCCAUUUAUUCCAUACCUUAUCAAGACAAGACAUAUAAAUUAGAUAAUAAUUUAUUAAAGUCACUAAAAACAAAUGAGCCAUUUUUGACAAAGUAAAUAAUGUAUUUAUUUUUUUAUAGAUAAAACGUCAGACUACACAUAUUCAAGAACAACUACUACAGAAGAAUCUUAGUCGAAAACAUCGAAUGGAAAAAUGUCAAAAGGAAAAAACAUCGAAAAAAAUUAGGGAAGGAAGAUCACAAACAUAAAAGAAAAUGUAGUAUCGCCUGAUUCAUCUAGAUUACUGGAUUUUACUCGAUUGCAAUUAUUAGUAGAAAUCUAGUAAUCGGGCGAUUGCUAGAUUUCUCCUCUAUUGGUUUUUUAUCGCCCGAUAAUUGACCGAAUUAACUAGUACUAGUUGCACAUACAGACGCAUCUAGUUAAAAGUCCCUAUUCCAACUAGUAAUCUAGAUGACAAUAGAGCAGAUACGAGUACUUGUGAGUACUUGAUGUUGUAAAACCAACAGCGUUCUAAUUUGUUGAGAAAAAUAUGCUUCCACAGACCUCAUUCGACGCAGAUUUUGAUGCUCUAUAAAGUGAAGCGAACUGCAGUCUAAUGCAAUCUCAUAAUUCUCGAAAAACUUUAAAACAUCUUGAAAAGUACUUGUACAUGGCAAGUACAAGUGCUUUUGCGAUUAUUUUAAAUUUAUGUACAAAUUAAAGUGUUAAACAAAAGCUACUUAUAUGUCACUUUAUAAAGCAUCAAAACCUACGUCGAAUACGGCGUAUGAAUGCAUAUUUUGCUCAACAAAUUAGAACGCUGAUUCUUUCACAAAAUCAAGUACUCACAAGUACGCGUAUCUGCUCUGAACAUCGCUCGAUUACAGACGAAAUGCAUCUCGAUUUUACAUACACCGAUAAUUUUUACUUGGGAUGUCGAAACGGGAAAUGUGGAGAAGGAAAAUGUCGAAAGGAAAAUGAAAAUACUGAAUUGAAAAGGUUUCUGUACUGUGAUAAUGAGUGAAGAAGAUAUUUUAUUAUAGUUAUUAGAGAUUUUUUUUACUAUAGCAAUUUUUAUCUAAAAAUUUUAAAAAACAGAAAAUACAUAAUAAGAUGUAACGAAUAUCAUCUCAUUUUGUGCAUUCAUUUAUUUUACUUUCGACGGCGUAGCGCACACAUUUAUUUUAUCACAGAUCUUUUUGUCAUGUAUUUUGUAAAUAUGUGAAGUGUAUUUUCAGUUUAGAGACGAGGAGUUUUAAUAAAAUAAAACAUGAUAAAUAUAUAUCUUUUAUAUUGACCAUGGUAGAGUUCAUUUAAAUGCUACAGACAUCUUUUCAACCUUUCGACAUUUUUCUUCUAUUUUUUCGAUGUUUUUCCAUUCAACGUUUUCCGUCAACCCCUACAGAAGAGUGAAAUCAGUUCCUUUAUAAAUAAUUCUCAAAUAGUAAGACAAUUAUUGAUCCUUUCGUCUGUAAGAAAAAAAAGUAUUUUAUACAGGGUGAUCCAAAAAAAACUUACCCCCUGUGUAUUUAUUGACUUUCUUGUGUACAGAUAUAAUUGAACUUUUUACCAUUAGUUUAUUCGAAUAGAGCAAAGAUUUCUGGACAAAAUGAGACGUCU